GAACGAUUUGCAGAAGAGUUCGUUUGAGUAUAAAAGACAACUUUGAAUAAUCGGAAGGUCAGAACACACCAGCACUCGAAGCAGUAUUUAUUCGUCCUUCCGCGACCGAUCCCUUUGAAAUCAACAAUCAUGAAGUGCAUCGCUGUAGUCAUGAUGAGCCUGGCCGUUGUUGCCUCGGGAUCCGUCACCUAUUCCGUCCCGCUGGCCUACUCCACACAAACCGUCGUGCAGCAGAAUGUGGUCCCACGGUAUGCUUAUGCCGCCGCUCCAGUAAGCUAUGCUGCCGCUCCAGUCGCUUACGCCGCUGCUCCAGUAAGUUAUGCUCCUGCUCCAGUCACCUAUGCUGCUACCCCAGUCACCUACGCCACUGCCCCACAAACCACCGUUGUUCAGGCCAACGUUGUGCCGAAAUACAUUGCCCCGGUUGCCUACUCAGCUCCAGCUGUGAACUACAGUGCCGACGAUACCACCGUCGUUGAAGCCGCCCCCGUUCAGGCCGCCGCCGUCGCUCAACCCGCUGUGGCCGUCGUCGCUGCUCAGCCAGAAGCCCGCUAUCUGGCCGUUAACCGAGGUGCCGUCCAUGAUGCCCCACUCGCUGGGCACACCCUGUCCCAGCAGUCUCUGAAUCUGGAACCAGCCGCCGGAACCGUCUAAAAAGUGAUAUCCCACGUCCCUCUCAAUGUCCGUUUCCUUCCCCCCCCCCCCCCCCCCCCCCAAGUGCCAACUGAAUUGUUACUGAAUACGGUUAUACCACGAAGUCCGCACCCGAGUCUGGAAUGCGUUCAAGCAGAAUAAAUGUAGUUUGUUUGUAAUUUUAA